AAAAGAGUAAGAAACUGGUUUGCAUACACAGCAAUCGCAAAAUCUCCAAGAAACCCUAGUCCACCGGCCGCCCAGAGCCGCCGCGCCGCAAAUAUUUCCGGCAACCACAGCACAAGCUCUCUCGAACGCGGACCUUACUUUGAGUUGAACAAAGCAUUAAGCAAGUUUCGUAAUCUUCUUCAUUCGGCACUCGUGCUGCGUUUCUACCUAUUCCUAUUUGCCAUGACAACAGAAGCAACAACUUCUUUGAUGCAAAAGACAAAGAGGAAGAAGCGAACCCUAGAACAUAAGGACCCUGAACUCGACCGCCUCGAAUCACUUCCAUGGAACUCUUCUCUUCCUCAACACAAUGACGACGACAACUCUUUUUCACUUUUCACUGGCUCUAAUGAACUCGAAGGAGGUUUUCUUUCACUGGAGGAGAUUGAUGAGACUGAAUAUGGUUUAGAUAUUCCUGAUCCUGAACAUCAUGACAGGAAGCAUAAUUCGAAGCAGGACAAGAAGGUGAAUAAGCAGAAGCAAGAUGGUGAUGGAGAAACUGUUAAGGAGGAGAGCAUCAAGUCUGAAGUGAAGAAAAAGAAAAAGAAAAAGAAGAAAAAUAAGGAUCCAAAAGAAAACCAGGAAGUUCAACAUUCAAAUACCGGUGUGGAUGCUGAUGUGAAGGAUGAUGUUGGGGAAGAGAACAUCGAUGAAACUGAUUAUUAUGCAUGGAACGAGUUGAGGCUUCAUCCUCUUUUAAUGAAAGCAAUUUACAAGUUAGGAUUCAAGGAACCAACACCGAUACAGAAAGCUUGUAUUCCGGCUGCUGCUCAUCAAGGGAAGGAUGUUAUUGGGGCUGCAGAGACGGGAUCUGGUAAAACACUUGCAUUUGGUUUGCCCAUUUUGCAACGUCUUUUAGAGGAGCGUGAGAAGGCCGUCAAUAUGGUUGAGGAAAAGGGCGAAGAAGCUGCUCCUACAGGUCUUUUAAGGAGUCUUAUUAUUGCUCCAACUAGAGAACUUGCACUUCAGGUCACUGAUCAUCUGAAAGCAAUAGCCAAGUAUAUUAAUGUUAGGGUGACCCCUAUAGUUGGAGGUAUUUUAGCAGAAAAGCAGGAGAGACUUUUAAAAGCAAGGCCUGAGAUUGUGGUCGGUACUCCCGGGAGGCUAUGGGAACUUAUGUCAUCUGGAGAAAAGCAUCUUGUUGAGUUACAUUCAUUGUCUUUCUUUGUGCUUGAUGAGGCUGAUCGAAUGGUACAAAAUGGCCAUUUUAAGGAGUUGCAAUCAAUAAUUGACAUGCUUCCCAUGUCCAAUGUCUCCAGUAAAGAUGAUUCUCAAGAUGCACAUAAUUGUGUUACAGUUUCUAGCUUACAAAGAAAGAAAAGGCAAACUCUUGUUUUUUCUGCAACUGUUGCACUGUCCGCUGAUUUUCGCAAGAAGCUUAAGCGCAAUUCAAUUCAGAAAAAGCAAUCACCUAAUGCUGCAGUUAUUGAUCUUACCAAUCCAUCCAUAUUAGCAGCUAAGAUUGAGGAGUCAUUUAUUGAAUGCACAGAAGAUGAUAAAGAUGCCCAUUUGUAUUAUAUUCUCACUGUCCAUGGACAAGGCCGUACAAUAGUUUUCUGCACGUCAAUUGCAGCUUUGCGCCAUAUUUCUUCCAUAUUGCGCAUUCUUGGCGUCAAUGUUUGGACUCUUCAUGCUCAAAUGCAACAGCGAGCACGUUUAAAGGCAAUGGAUCGCUUUCGUGAACAUGAAAAUGGCAUACUUGUUGCUACAGAUGUUGCUGCAAGGGGUCUUGAUAUUCCUGGUGUUAAAACUGUUGUCCACUAUCAGCUUCCACAUUCAGCAGAGGUUUAUGUUCAUAGAAGUGGAAGAACAGCUAGAGCUUCUGCCGAAGGUUGUAGCAUUGCUUUAAUCUCCCCAAAAGAUACAUCAAAGUUUGCUUCGUUGUGCAAGUCAUUUUCAAAGGAUACCUUUCAGCGGUUUCCUUUGGAGAACUCAUACAUGCCAGAGGUUCUAAAACGAUUGUCUCUUGCACGUCAAAUAGACAAGAUAACAAGGAAGGAUUCCCAGGAGAAGGCUGAAAAAAGCUGGUUUGAUCGGAAUGCUAGCUCAGUUGAUUUAGUUACAGAAAAUAAUGACAGUGAGGAUGAACAAGUUAAUAAAUAUAAGCAAAAGAAAGCCAGCUCUAAACAAUUGAGGAAAUUGCAGACGGAGCUCAGUGUACUGAUUUCACGUCCUCUGCAAUCAAAAACGUUUUCACAUCGAUAUCUAGCAGGGGCUGGUGUAACGCCCCUCUUACAGCAACAAUUGCAACAGUUAGCAAAGCAAAAACUAAGUGACCAUCAGGGAGCAGGAUUAGGCAAAAAGGGAAAAUUGGUUGUGAUUGGUCAAGAUUGUGUGGAUGCACUUCACGCACUUCGAAGUGCUGGCGAAGAGGUGCGCAUGGAUAUCAAGGAUUCAUUUCGAAAACAAAGAAAUUCAGUGGAUAUAAAGAGAAAAAGAAAGCAAGAGAAGACACGUUUGCGUGAUCAGCGUAAAAAGCAGAAGAGAAAGCUAAACCAGGACGAUGAAUAGAAUUUUACGCAUAUAACUGAUAUAUUAGGUGAAUUUUUACAACUAAGUUGCCCGAUUUGCUGCAUUUUAUCAAGGCAUCCUCUGUUGUUUCUCCUGCCUAGCUUUAGAGCUUCGAAUUUUGUAUGAAUAAUUGUUUGGUUAUUCAACUUACAAGUUUAUAGGUAUUUAUUCAUCCAAAGUUGCCGAGAGAUUUUGAAAGAAUUGAGGUGUAAAAACUAAUUAAAAUGUUUAUGAAUUUGUUUUGUUUAAGAGCUUAGUGUAA